AUGGAAAAUAAAGAAGCACUUGUUUGCACUUUCAUCUCCAUCUUCAUCUCUCUCCAGUUCUUGUUUUGGAGAUUUCUAAGGCCGCGUUUCAACGCCCGCCAGACCCGCCACCUUGAUCCGCCCAGCCACACCAUGACUGCUGAAAGCUAUGAAUCAGAGUUCUUGUCUUAUAUGAUCCGCAAAUCUAAGCUUGUCAAUAAGGCACUCGACGAGGCUGUUCCACUCUGCCAGCCGCCAGUACUGAAGAUCCGUGAGGCCAUGAGGUACACGCUACUCUCGGGCGGGAAACGCAUUAGGCCAAUGCUUUGUCUGGCUGCAUGUGAGCUCGUGGGUGGGAAAGAGUCAACCGCAAUGCCUGCCGCAUGUGCGAUUGAGAUGAUCCAUGCCUCAUCACUCAUCCAAGACGAUCUACCUUGUAUGGACGAUGACAGCCUCCGCCGCGGAAAACCCACAAAUCAUAAAGUAUUUGGCGAAAAUAUAGCCAUCUUGGCAGUUGAUGCGUUCAUAGCUUUGGCCAUCAAGCACACUGUGGAAUCCACCUCUUUGGACGUUCAUCCAAGGAGAGUUCUCCGAGCCGUUCUAGAGAUGGCGAAAGGCAUUGGAACGGAAGGGCUCGUUGCGGGUCAAGCGGCGGAUUUGGCUGGAGAAGGAAUGAGCUUUGAUAAUAAUGAAGUGGGUUUAAAGCAUCUUGAGUUUAUACACGUACAUAAAACGGCGGCGUUGCUUGAAGCGGCAGCUGUUAUGGGAGGUAUAGUGGGAGGUGGGUCUGAUGAAGAAAUCGAAAGCCUUAGGAGUUACGCGAGAUGCGUUGGGUUGAUGUUUCAGGUGGUGGAUGAUGUGCUUGAUGUGACCAAGUCCUCGGAAGAGCUCGGGAAAACAGCCGGUAAAGAUUUGAUCUCGGAAAAGCUAACGUAUCCCAAGGUAAUGGGAGUGGAGAAGUCGAGAGAAUAUGCUGACAAGUUGAACAGAGAAGCUCGGGAACAUCUUAAAACGUUUGAUCCAGACAAGGCAGCUCCGUUGCUGUUUCUUGCUGAUUACGUUGUCAACAGACAAAACUGACGUGCGUCUUAAAACUCCUUUAUUUGUUGUUUCCUAUUUCAGCAUCGAUGUAACCUAAUAAACCGGGUAAACCAAAAACUCAGUUUUAGUUCAUGUAAACCAUUCAAAUUUAAUUUGGUUUAGUUUUUGGUUAAACCGGAUAAACGAAGUAAGUCGUCUUCUUCAUAUGCAGUAGUAGUGUCAAUCAUCUUUUGCUCUGUUCUUGCCUGUAGAUGUGAAUCUCAAUCUCUCCAUUAUCAUGCUCUCUUGAUAUAUUCUUAGGUUUCUGGUAAUCUCCAGAAAUGGGUUCUUCUUCAGAAACGGAAAGCGAAAGCAGA